AAAGGUAAUAUAGACUUCGAAUUGAAUAGAACGCAUUUCGAAAAAAUUUAACGAAUUUAGCAGUUGUGAACGCAUAAUAUCCGUUUCACAAAGUAAUUAUAACAAAUCACAGGUUUUCAUCAAACUCUGCUUCAUCAGAUGUCAACUCGAAAUAGAUGUUUUUCGUUCAGAGUUGUGUCGCAUCUGACGACUCUACACCUGUUGACCAAUUUAUUGGUGGUGUCAAGGGGUACAAAAAUUGGUCUAUUGCCAGGAAAUGUGAUACCAGAACAUUACAAUUUGGAAAUAAAAACGAAUUUGGCAGAUGAUGAAAAGAAUAAGUUCACUUUUGAAGGAUGUGUUGAAAUACUGGUGCAAUGCUUGAAACCGACAGAUACUAUAGUUCUCAACGUGCUUGAACUAACGAUUUUAGACAGUAUCAAUAUCACCGGAUACGAAGAUAGUGCACAUGACACCUGUGUAAAGAAAUGGUCUUUAGAAAAGAAAAAUGAAACUCUAAAUGUUACAUUAUGUGAUUCUUUACGGGCAGGUUUCCACUAUAACAUCAGCAUAGAAUUUGUGGGAAAUAUUACCAACAAACUGGUAGGAUAUUAUAGAAGCAGUUACUUCGAUAACAAGUCGAACCAAACGCAAUGGUUGGCUGUGACGCAUUUUGAACCAACGCAUGCCAGAAGAGCAUUCCCAUGUUUUGAUGAACCAAGUUUUAAAGCUACAUUCCAAAUAAGUAUUGGAAGAAUGGAGAAAUACACUUCCAUAAGUAACGAAGUUGUUGAGAAAACUGAACCUAUGAAGGAUAGUAAAGGUUGGUUUUGGGAUAGAUAUCGGAAAAGUGUAAAAAUGUCAACAUACAUGGUAGCUUACGUUGUGUCUGACUUUAAAUUUACCACAGCCAAACCAAUUUCUGGGAAUUCUGUGACAUUCAGAGUUUGGUGUAGAGAGGAUGCAAUUAAUCAGACUAAAUUUGCAAGUGAAAUGGGACCAAAAAUGCUAGCAACCUUUGAAGAAUAUCUGAACGUUUCACUUCCUAUUCCAAAACAAGACAUGGUAGCUAUACCGGAUUUGAAGGUUGACGCUAUGGGAAAUUGGGGAUUAAUAACUUGUAGAGAAAAUUUGCUGCUGAUCGAUCGGAAAUCGUCUUCAUUUUUUGAUCAGCUAGCUGCUGCAAGAGUAGUUGGUAACAAAAUAGCUCAUCAAUGGUUUGGAAAUUUAGUCACCAUGAAGUGGUGGUCGGAUUUGUGGCUGAAAGAAGGCUUUUCAACUUACAUGGGAGCUGCACUGGUUCAAAAUGUUUAUCCUCAAGUAGAUUCAUUUGACGAAUCGACACUGAGCAAUAUGCGGUCGGUAUUUUCUUUCGACGGUCUACAGGAUUCACAUCCGAUCUCUCAACCGGUUAGAACAACCGGCGAAAUAGAUGCAAUGUUUGACACGAUAUCGUAUAAAAAGGGAUCAUCGAUUUUGUUUACCGCUAUCGACAUUUUGGGGGAAGAAGCGGGAACAGUGGGACUGACUAACUAUUUGUUAAAACACAUGUACGACAAUGUCGAACAGGACGAUCUCUUUGAAUCAUUGACACAUGCAGGUCACACGAUGGGCGUACUUGAAGACGAUUUGGAUUUCAAGACCAUACUGGAUACGUGGACGCUUCAAGCAGGGUACCCUGUUGUAACAGUUAACAGAAAUUACAAAGACAAUUCACUACGUGUCACUCAGAGGCGAUACUACCAGAAUCCCGACGCACCUCACAAUAAUGGAUGUUGGUGGAUACCACUGAGUUAUACAAAUAAACAGGAACUAAAUUUUACAAAUACGCAUCCAAAAGCAUGGCAGACAUGUCCAAAAUCUGAAACAAUUAUAAAUAAUGUCGCUAAGAAGGAUGACUGGAUUUUAAUAAAUUUGAGGGGAACAGGCUUGUACAGGGUAAAUUACGACGACAAAAGCUGGGAGAUGCUGAUAUCUGAAUUACUUAGUGAUACAUACAGGGUUGUACCCGUCAUGAACAGAGCCCAACUGAUUGAAGAUUCUGCGAGCUUAGCAGCCGUGUCAAUAAUAAGCUACAAAUAUUUUUUUCGACUUUUACACUACUUGAAAAAAGAAAUGCGAUAUCUUCCUUGGAAAGCAGCAGACGAACGCAUUCAUUAUUUACACGUUAUGCUGCGUUACACUUCAAUAUAUCCUUCUUUUCAAAAGUUCGUGAGGCACAUAUUAGAGGAAAUAACAAAAAAAAUGAAAACCAAAAAACUAGACCGAAAAAAUACGGAAAACAUAAGACUUGUGGCUUUAAUCGGUUCACUCUGCUGCAAAUAUGAUGUGGGAGAUUGUAGAGAUAAGGCGACUUUGGAGGCAUACAUUAAAAAUCCCAAUUCUAGAUGGUCUAAUGUUCCCAAAUAUAUGCAUCACGUGGUUUUGUGUUAUGGUAUACAAAAAGGCAAUGAAACAGAGUGGAACUUGUUAUGGCAAAGAUAUAAAAAGUCGAACACGCCCACCGAAAAGCAUCUAAUACUAAAAUCGUUGGGUUGCACCAAGAUUGUCCCAUUAUUGCAACGUUACUUGGAGUGGACUCUUAACGAUAAAAGUGGUAUAAGAAAACAUGAUCGACUAACAGUAUUCACAGCAGUUGCCCAAAAUGACGUAGGAUAUCAUUAUGCCGAACAAUUCCUUCUAAAUUACAUUGAAGAAAUAUAUGAAAGAAUGAAGCCUAACAUUAAUGAACUAUCGGCCUAUCUGUUAGUUAUUGCUGAACAAAUUACCACCGGUCCAGGACUCGACAGGCUCAAAUAUUUAACCAAGAAAUAUAGCAAGAUUUCCGAAUUAAAAGGUGGACUUCAACGAGCCCUCGAAACCGCAACGAUUAACAUCCGAUGGCAUACAUUAUUUUUCAAUAAUAUCGAAAACUAUUUCGAAAUUGGCAAAUAAAUAAGAAUUAUGAAUUUUGAAAAUCAUCUUAGUCUCUUGUUAUGUUUUUUUGCUUAUUAUUAAAUAUGUUUAAUUUCACUAUAUGAUUGCAUGUAAUAUACUGUCACAUCAAAGUUACAAAAAAUGAAUUAAAGAAGAUUUAUUAUUGGAAGUAGUCAGUAUCAAUCUAUUGGUUUAGGUAAUAGCAACUUCGUAAGUGUUGUCUUCUCCUAACGUAACUAUAAUCCUAUGCGUAUCCAUCAAACUACACACCUAAGUAGGUGACAUAUUAUCCAACUAGUUUACAAUAUAGCCACAAGUACAUAGAUUUACGUUUACCUGAAAAUAAAACCUGCUUUUCUAAGUAUUGUCCUAUAUUAUAUGAAACGAUCGCUGAAGGUACCUGUUUGAACGAAUUAUGUCAAAUUUUUCAAACGAAUGAUGUCCUUCUUUUAUAAUUUCAUGUAA